AUGCCAAAAAAGGCAUUGCUAAAGUCACUACAGUGACAACAGCUAUCGGCAAAGAUACUGGUCCCCAAAUUACAGAAAUAACCGAAGAGCUCAGUGAGAACGAUCAUGUUGACGGAAAUAAAGUAGUAAAAAGAAGUCGAACCAAUGACAAAUUUGAAAAUAUCCAGAAGAGGUUUAGCCAAGAAAGUUUUAGUCAAGAUAGCAGGCGUUCGUCCAAAGAAUUAAAUGGACAUGAAAAAUCUGAAGUAUCGCCACAAUCCACUCCAAGAUCAAGCUUGGUGCGCGGAGAUUCAAUCAAGGCGCUUCAACAUAAAUUUCAACAAGCCACUGUUUCAUCUAGUUUGAAACAGAACAAAACGGCUAAAUCUGAUGUGUCUAGUAACUCACGACAAGUUGAAGAAAAAACAGUAACUACCAAAGUGAAUACAACAAAAAACAGUGGAACUGCUACCUCCUUCCUUGACAAUAAUUCAAGAGUGACUGGUGUACAAGAUGUUUUAACCAGAAUGCGAAAUGCCGAUCUAGUUGUAGAAAGUGGUGAUACCUAUGAAGACAUUGAAGCCCGUGCGUUACUUAACAAAUUUUUAGGCGCCUCAGUCAUCCUUCAUGGAAUGGAACAAGGAAACAAAUCUCCUGCUUCAAUUAACACUACUAGUAGCGCUGCGCUUGUUAACCAAGUUGAAAAACAAAGAGCACAGAAAUCUCCUGUGAUUAGGAAGAACCUAAACGAACAAGAACUCGAUAAUAUUUGGGACGAAAAACAAUUACAAAUUUUGUUGGAAUCUUGCCCAGACUACGAUCAAAGGAAAAAAAUCAGAGCCAGGUUAAGGCAAAUCAUGGCAGAACAUAAAGCGUGUACGGACGUCGUCGCCCUGGCUGGCCUAACAGAUAACACCACGAGCAACGGAAAAAACGAAGUUACCGAGUCGAAUUCGACGACCGUGUCCAGCAAAACCGGAACUGGAUCGUAUGUAAAAACUGAAGUGCAUACUAGGACAACAACUUCUAGUAACCGUCUGACUAAAGCAAAUAGCGUUAGUUCUUCACCGUUUGCCAAGUUCCAGCAACUCGAACGCCAGAACUCGGCUCCAAACUCACAAACGCGUCCUUGCUAUAAAUUCACCGACCCCGCCUUGGCGCGGAGCGCUUCGUCAAUCAAAGAUCGCCUACUCAACUGGGUUAAAGCUCAGACGAAGGAAUAUAAGAACCUCCAAGUAACAAAUUUCUCGACGUGUUGGAGUGAUGGUCUUGCGUUCUGCGCCCUCAUCCACCAUUUUUACCCGGAAGCAUUCGACUACGAUAAACUAACACCCGAAAAGCGAAGAGAAAACUUCGAAAUUGCAUUCAAAGUAGCCGAGGACGAAGCCGGUAUCGCACCGCUUUUGGACGUCGAAGACAUGGUCGUCAUGCGGAAACCCGACUGGAAGUGCGUGUUCACGUAUGUGCAGACGUUCUACCGGCGGUUCCACAACGACCCACGAUCCGUCAAACCUUCGUACUUCGAAUGAUUACAACGCCUCCUGUUUAAUCAUGCAGCUACAUUUUUGAAUGCAGUUCGCUAAAAAUUAUUACUAUUUUAUUGUUUUUACUUGAAUUUAUUUUGUUAAAGAAAAAUCUAUCAUAAAUCGUCUCGUACCCCUUUAUAUACUUGGUUAAUUCGUCCACUCGAUUGAUCAACAAGUGUAGGAACGAUUCGUACCUAUAUAAUAUUUAUAUGUGUUACAUGUUACAUUUUUAUUAUUUUUUUUUUUGCUGUACAUUAUUGUACCUACCGAUCUAAAAUAGUGGGUUUGAUUUUCGACUCUACCUACAUAUUUUAAAUAUUUGGUAGAUUACUAACUACUUAGUAAUUUAGUAUAUUAUGUAUUGUUUUUUUACUCAUAUCCUCCCCACUAAUUUUACAAUAAUAAAUUACUCCUGCCAGUAAUAUUUCCACGAUUGCUCCGGUUAAACGCUAAAAAUGAUGAAUGAGGCCUGUAGGUGAUAUUUUAUUUUAUCAUAGUUUAAAUAAUUAAGUUAUUAUUAUAAUAAUAGACAAUAAUAUAUAAUAUAUUUAUAUGUAUAGUGUAUACUCGAGCGUCGUUACAACAAUACUAUAAUAUAAUAUUAUUUUUAAAUUUAAAUCUCUUCCCUCUCCCUGUUAUAUUUUAUGCGAACCACAAGGCGACUUGGUCAAGGUCUUAAAAAACUAAAUCAGUUGAUUAAUUAGG